AUGGAGCCACCGCCGCCCCCGCCCGGCGCCCCCAGCGCCGCCGAGCCCGCCGGCUGCCCCAAGGACACCGACCGCCAGCUGCGCCUCCGCCUCUGCGUCCUCAACGAGAUCCUCAGCACCGAGCGCGACUACGUGGGGACCCUCCGCUUCCUGCAGUCGGCAUUUCUUCACCGGAUCCGACAGAAUGCAGUGGACAAAGCUGAGAAGUACAUAACAGAGGAGAAUGUUAAGAUCUUAUUUUCUAACAUUGAAGACAUUCUUGGUGUUCACAAGGAGUUCCUGGCUGCUCUGGAAUUUUGUUUGCAACCAGAACCCCAGUCUCAGCAUGAACUGGGAAAUGUUUUCUUAAAAUUUAAAGACAAAUUCUUUGUGUAUGAGGAGUACUGUAGCAACCAUGAGAAGGCACUCAGACUGCUGAUGGAAUUGAACAAGAUCCCCACAGUGAGAACAUUCCUUCUGAGUUGCAUGCUCUUGGGAGGCAGAAAGACAACAGACAUUCCACUAGAGGGUUAUCUGCUGACUCCAAUUCAGAGAAUUUGCAAAUAUCCUCUUCUGCUCAAGGAAUUAGCUAAGAGGACUCCCUCCAAGCAUCCUGAUCACCCAGCUGUCCAGAAUGCAUUGCAGGCAAUGAAGACAGUCUGUACAAAUAUCAACGAGACCAAGAGACAGAUGGAGAAACUGGAAGCUCUUGAACAGUUGCAGUCCCACAUCGAAGGAUGGGAGGGGUCAAAUCUGACAGAUAUUUGCACACAGCUCUUGCUGCAAGGGACUUUGUUAAAAAUAUCAGCAGGAAACAUCCAGGAGAGAAUGUUCUUUCUAUUUGAUAAUCUCCUGGUCUAUUGCAAGAGGAAAUCAAGAGUUACUGGGAAAAAAGCAUCUAAAAGGACAAAGUCAAUCAACGGGUCCCUUUAUAUCUUCAGGGGCCGAAUAAAUACAGAAGUCAUGGAAGUAGAGAAUGUGGAAGAUGGAACAGCAGAUUACCACAGCAAUGGCUACACGGUGACAAAUGGCUGGAAGAUUCACAACACAGCCAAAAACAAGUGGUUUGUCUGUAUGGCCAAGACUGCCGAGGAUAAACAGAAGUGGCUGGAUGCUAUAAUCAAGGAAAGGGAGCAGAGGGAGAGUUUGAAACUGGGAAUGGAGAGGGAUGCAUAUGUCAUGAUUGCAGAGAAAGGAGAGAAGCUGUACCAAAUGAUGAUGAGCAAGAAAGUGAACCUUAUCAAAGAUAGGAGAAGAAAAUUAAGUACUGUUCCCAAGUGCUUUCUUGGCAACGAGUUUGUAUCCUGGCUCACUGAAAUUGGAGAGAUAAGCAAACCAGAGGAAGGGGUCAACCUGGGACAGGCACUCUUGGAAAAUGGAAUCAUUCAUCAUGUUUCAGAUAAGCACCAGUUUAAGAAUGAACAGGUGAUGUACAGAUUUCGCUAUGACGAUGGAACAUACAAGCCAAGAAGUGAAUUGGAAGACAUCGUGUCCAAGGGAGUGAGGCUGUACUGCCGACUGCACUGCCUGUAUACUCCAGUGGUCAAAGACCGUGACUACCACCUAAAGACAUACAAAUCAGUAAUCCCUGCAAGUAAACUAGUGGACUGGCUUAUUGCACAGGGAGACUGUCAGACUCGGGAGGAAGCUGUCGCACUGGGUGUGGGACUGUGCAAUAACGGCUUCAUGCAUCAUGUCCUGGAGAAAAGUGAAUUUAAGGAUGAAUCCUUGUAUUUCCGCUUUUAUGCUGAUGAGGAGAUGGAGGGCACCAGUUCCAAGAGCAAACAAUUGCGUAAUGACUUCAAGCUUGUGGAAAACAUCCUGGGAAAGAAUCUUCUGAUUUUACCAGAAGAAGAUGACUAUGGAUUUGACAUAGAAGAAAAGAAUAAAGCAAUUGUGGUGAAGUCAGUUCGACGAGAGUCUUCUGCUGAGAUGGCUGGCCUGCAAGCAGGAAGAAAGAUAUAUUCCAUCAAUGAGGAUUUAGUAUUCCUACGCCCAUUUGCUGAAGUGGAAACAAUCCUAUCCCAGUCCUUCUGCUCACGAAGGCCACUUAGGCUUCUGGUAGCCACCAAAGCAAAGGAGAUUAUUAAAAUCCCAGAUUGUCCUGGAGCGCUUUGCUUUCAGAUCCGGGGAGCAGCACCACCAUACGUUCACGCAGUAGGGAGAGGUUCUGAGGCUGCAGCCGUAGGCCUUCAUCCAGGGCAGUGUAUUUUGAAAGUUAAUGGGAAUAAUGCAACACAUGGAAAUUACAAGGAAGUUCUGGAGCACUUCACAGCCUAUAGGAUCAGGCAGCAGGAAGCACUGGGGUUGUACCAGUGGGUGUACAGAACACAUGAAGAUGCUGAAGAGGACAGAGUUCAGCAAGCAGCAUCCCCUGCAUGUUUGAAUGGCAGUCGCCUGGGCUCCAGCAGAGACAACUCUGCACUAGAAGGACAUGCAGAACUGGAACCCCUUCAAAGCAGCCAACAGGAAUCAGCCCAGACACCACAGACUGUAAUUUCUCCGCUGGUCAUUGGUGAAGAAACCCCGGUCAUCAGCCUCACUGUGGAUAACACCCACCUGGAGCACGGGGUGGUAUAUGAAUAUGUUAGCAGUGCAGGGAUCAAAUCCUUUGUCCUGGAGAAAAUUGUGGAACCAAAAGGUUGCUUCAUUCUCACUGCGAAGAUUUUAGAGGCCUUUGCCGCAGAGGACAGUCAUUUCGUAAGGAACUGCGAAAGGCUCAUAUCCCUAAGCAGUGCUGUGGCCACCAUGCCCCAGUAUGAAUUCCGGCAAAUCUGUGACACUAAGCUGGAAAGCAUUAGCAGGAGGCUCACAAGCUACCAAGAGUUUGCAGAUGAAUUGAAAACAAAGGUGAGCCCAGCCUUCAAACAAGCUGUUAUGGAACCUCAUUCCCUCAACAGCCUGGAUUUCUGCCCCACCAACUGCCAUAUUAACCUCAUGGAGGUGUCAUACCCCAAAAGCACUACCUCAGCAGGGAGAUCGUUCAGUAUUCGCAUUGGACGGAAACCUUCUAUUAUUGGUCUUGAUCCAGAGCAAGUAGGUACCUUAAAUCCAGUCUCAUAUACUCAACAUUGCAUCACCACUAUGGCUGCACCAUCUUGGAGAUGUCCAGCCACAGAAGAUGGAGAUCUUGAUGGUAGCUUUGGCCAGCAGAAUGGAGGAACAAUUUGGGAAGAAAGGGGACUCAGUUUUCUGCUGAAACAGGAAGAUUGGGAGAUGCAGGACUCCUACUUGCAUCUUUUUAACAAACUAGACAUUGCGGUGAAGGAAAUGAAGCAGUAUGUCAUUCAGAUAAAUAAACUUUUGUCCACCAUAACAGAACCUACAGAAGGUGGUGCCUGUGAGCCACCAUCUACUGAGGACACAUCCUCACCUUCCCUGGGAACAGAAGAAAGUGAUCCUGACAAAGCUGAGCAUGGUGGAAUCAAGAAGGUCUGUUUCAAAGUUUCUGAGGAGGACCAGGAAGACUCUGGACAUGACACAAUGAGUUUCAGAGACUCCUACAGUGAGUGUAACAGUAACCGGGACUCUGUGUUGUCCUACACCAGCGUGCGGAGCAACAGCUCUUACCUGGGCAGUGAUGAGAUGGGAUCAGGAGAUGAGCUUCCCAAUGAUAUGAGAAUACCUUUAGACAAGCAAGACAAACUUCAUGGCUGUCUGGAACACCUUUUUAACCAGGUUGAUGCAAUCAAUGCACUUCUGAAAGGACCAGGAAUAAAUAAGGCCUUUGAGGAAACCAAGCACUUUCCCAUGGACCACAGUUUGCAAGAAUUUAAACAGAAGGAAGAAACCACAGUUAGGUGCCGGAAUAAUAUUCAAGCCAGCAUUCAGGAAGAUCCAUGGAACCUUCCACUGCGCAUCAAGAACCUUGUUGACAUCAUACAGAAACAUGUGGAAGAUGGGAAGAAUCAGCUUCUUUUGGCCCUGUUAAAAUGCACAGAUACUGAGCUACAACUGAGACGUGAUUCCAUCUUCUCUCAGUCUCUUGUGGCAGCUGUUUGCACCUUUUCGGAGCAGUUACUGGCUGCUCUCAACUAUCGUUACAACAACAAUGGGGAGUAUGAAGAGAGCAGCAGAGAUGCUAGCAGAAAAUGGCUGGAACAGAUAGCAGCCACUGGAGUUUUACUGAACUACCAGUCUCUUCUCUCCCCCACUGUGAAGGAGGAGCGCACCAUGCUGGAAGACAUCCAGGUUACUCUGGCUGAACUAGACAAAGUUGCCUUUUUUUUCAAGCAGCUGGAUGAAAGUCUUGUAGCAAAUAAUCAUGUCGUCUACCACAUCGAAGGAAGUCGUCAGGCCUUGAAGGUUAUCUUUUAUCUUGACGGCUACUACUUCUCCAAAUUGCCUGCUCGGUUUCAGAAUGGGGGAACCUUGAAACUGCACACAGUGCUCUUUACAAAAGCUCUGGAGAGUACAGAGGGGCAAUCACAACCAGCUGGUUCAUCUCUAGAAGAACUCCCACAGCAAAUUAAUGGUGUUUCACUCGAAAAAGUGCAGCAAUACUACCGUAAACUCAGGACAUUUUACCUAGAAAGAUCCAACUUGCCCACUGAUUCCAAUACUACUGCAGUGAAGAUUGACCAGCUUAUUCGCCCUAUCAAUGCAAUGGAUGAGCUUUGCAGGCUGCUGAAGUCUUUCAUUAGUACAAAGCCAAUGCAGUCAGGAUGUUCCAGCAAUGCCUCAUCAGGAGCUGGCCUGCUUCCCAUAUCCUCUGAGCUCUGCUACCGGCUGGGAGCCUGUCAGAUCACCAUGUGUGCCACUGGGAUGCAGAGGAGUACGCUGAGCGUGUCCCUGGAGCAAGCAGCCAUACUGGCCCGCAGCCAUGGACUCCUGCCCAAGUGUAUCAUGCAAGCUACAGACAUCAUGCGAAAGCAGGGACCAAGGGUUGAAAUCUCUGCCAAGAAUCUGAAAGUGAUGGACCAAAUGCCACAGCAUGCACCUCGACUCUAUAGGUUGUGCCAGCCACCUACAGAAGGGGAUUUGUAGGAGUAAGAGGCACCUCCUGGCAGCCCGAGAGCGCUGGGCUCUGAGGAGCCCUGACCGAAGACCCUGCAGACUGACCCCGAUGGUGCUGCUGUGCUCUGGAGGAGAGGGACCUGCUGGCCCAGGCAUCAGGAAUCUGCCUCUGAACUCCUGGAGCCAUGCAGGAUCCAUGCAUUUCUUUGACUUCAAAUUCUUGAAACAAACACGCCAGACAAGAAUGGAUGCUGCUGCCAUUCAGAUGCCUGGAAAAUGACCAUUAUGCUUCAAGAAAGCACAGUUCUCUUGGUGACUUGUUUGUGCAACCACCAGAAAGUUAUGGACUUCAAGAUACGGCUUGGUUCAGAAAAUCCUGCUGGACACUCCUCUCUCUCCCUGUACUGCCCCUGGCACCCCUUUAACUGCCAGCAGGUUUUGGUCAACACACUUUAGGUGGUAGUUUCAUAAACCCCACUUUUUCAUCAUCUGACCUGCACUUGAGCAAAGAAUAGUACAGUCUAUGGUUUAUUCAAAUAGGAACAUAAAGAAUUUCUUCUGGAGUAAUUUUCCACUUCAGCCCACUGAGAUAAUCUCUCUAUGCUGCAGAGUAUACAUUCCGUAAUACUUCUUAUCAUUACUUCAUUUUACUUACUGUAGCUUUCAGGUUUUUUAUUAACACUUUUUACUAAUGCCCUGUGAUUAUAUACUCUGGAAUCAGUGCUAAUGAAGAGGAGUAUAGGAUUUUUACAAAAACUUUACAAAGAAAAAAUACAGUCUGAUAAUUUGAUUAUUUCAACAGAUGUAGUUUUUAAAACAGGUCAGAAGAACUAUACUUAUUUAUGUGGAGUGGAAUAAUAUGUGUUUUCAAUCAUGUUAUUAUAUGUACAAGAUGAAAAUAAAAAUUAUAUUGUUUUAAGUGGGACCAAUAUAAUGGCAGUUACACAGCUACUCCCAGUUUACUGAAAAAAAUCUACAUUAUUUAAAAUCUUCAAUAUUUAAGUAGUCUUUAAUACAGUUAUUAAGAUGUAUUAGGGAUGCUUUUAAGUUAAAAGAAAAAAGGAAUCAUGUAUAUAAUGUUCUUUAUUUUUACUUGUUUGAAAAAUUGUUCUUCAUUCUGUCAGUAUUACCUUAAGCACUGUAGUUAUUUCCAAGUUACUGGCUGAAACUAAUCAAAGCAUGUCAGCAGUCUCAGGACAGAAAUAAUGUUCUUUUGGAGUGAGUGCCUUAACAUGACCAGCCCUCCCUAACAUAGCAGGUGUACAAGAAACUCCCCAUUCCUGUUCCUCCACAGCCUCUUUUAAACCAGCUCCCAGUCAAGGAACCCAGGAGCACUUUGCAGUAAUGUAUAUUUUAGAAAAUAAAGGUUUGGGGGUUUUA